AUAGAGAAAUUCGCGAUGUUAAGGACCGUCAAUUUUCUGUUAUGGUGUAUGUUUCUUCAUAUUGUUUGUUGGGGAAAGUCAAACUGGAAUUAUGAACCGUUAAGCGUAGACUUUAUCACAUCUAACCCUGACAAACUGGAUUCUAAGGGCACAGCUGUUCGAAUUUCUCGGGGUAAAUAUGCGUUAAACGGAUUUAUAGAUAUAAAAGAAGAUGUCACAAGUGACUGGAUAGUUGAAUUAUUCGUUUUAAAAAGCGUUGCAGGAAAUAAUAACUACAUUCCGACUCCAUUCAAAAUGCCCGCCUCAAAGUUUGAUGAUUUCAUGACUAAUGUCUAUAAACGUUAUUUAAUGGAGUCCGUACAGAAAUGUGUACCGAAUGCACCAGUUUUUAAAACUUCAUUUGUGCCUCCACUAAAAAAACAGAAGUUUCAAAUUAAUAAAUGUGAGAUAGCAACGAACAAUUUUCCUCACUUGGAACCAGGCUUAUAUAAGCUCGUAUUUCGUGUCAUUAAGCCCUAUGAUAUGAAAUGGGAGAUUAAUGUUAAAAUAUUGGCUGUUAAUUAAUAUUUUUUUUAAAAAUUUAUGUGAAUUAAAAUAUAAUAUGGUUAUUUAAUAAAGUCUUAAGGAGC